AUGGUUAAUGUACCUCGUUUCUGUCAUAAUAUUAGUGUAACAUUAAAUGAAACAUCUUAUCAGUAUUUAUCGGAAUGCUGGACUGAAUGGUUGGUAUCCGAAAAUUUACGUAUAUAUUUACCUUUGAUUAUAUUACCUAUAUCACUUAUAAGUAAUUGUUUAUCAUUUUUUGCUUUACGAAGUCGUCGUAUGCGUGGAACAUCAACAGCAUUUUUUAUGCUUGUACUUAGUAUUCUUGAUCCACUUGUUUUAUUAACAAAAAAUCUUGUCUAUUAUCCAACAUUUCUUUCAGCUUAUGCUAUAUCAUGUAAAUUUAUUUUUUUUCUUAUUUAUGUUGUUGGCUAUACAACCGUUUGGAUACUUGUUAUAAUGACAGCUGAUAAAUUUGUUGCUGUAUGGUUUCCACUUAAAGUUGCAUAUGUAUGCACAAUAAGUCGAGCCAAAUAUGUUUGUAUAUUUCUUCUUGCUACAACAAGUAUUAUAUCAUUUCAUCAUUUUUGGACAAUUAAGAGUUUUCCGCAUCCAAAAGAUGCUACAAAAGGUGUUUGUUUUUAUGAUAUGUCAUAUUAUAGUUCAAUACAACGUAUAUGGCGUUAUGUUGAUUUUGUUAUUUGGUGUUUUUUACCAUUUAUUCUCAUAUCAACAUUAAGUAUAUUAAUUAUUUGUAAAUUACGAGAAAAAGAAAAUAAUUCAGGUCAAAAUAUUCAAAAAAUAAUACAUACAAAUAUUAAAUGUAGAGAAGUUGAAAAUGGACUUCAUUCGAAUACGUUCAAAACAGGCAGUCAAGAUAUCGAAAUGCGCAGUAAUCAAAAGGCAAACUUUAUUCGUCUACGACAUCGUCAUAUAACAUUUAUGUUACUUGCUGUUGCUGGUGUUUUUCUUCUUUUUACAUUACCCAAUAGUAUUUAUUUUUUACUUGAAAUUACAUAUGGUUUUAAUAAAAAACCAAUAGUUAAUGAUUAUUAUCAAUGGUUACGUUUUCGUCGAUUAACAAUUUUAGCUGUACUUAUGUAUCAAUUAAGCGAUUUACAACAUGCAGCAAAUUUUUUUAUAUAUUUAUUAACUAGUGGAAAUUUUCGUCGAUCAGUUCUUGAUAUAUGUGUAUCAGUAAUAUAUAUUUUGCCAGCAUUAUUAACUUGUUCGUAUCAGCGUAGGGCGAAAUCACAACAGCAGUUGAGUAGAAGAUUUGAUAAAGAUCAAUAUGACAUAUCACCUCGUCCAAGUGCAUCCGAUAUGUCGAGUAUGGUACGGCCUUCACGUGAUAUUACCAAUAAACAACAACAACAACAACAAAUGAGAUUGAGUGACAAUUAUCAAACAUUAUUCUCAAAGUCAACCACAAGCAAACUACUACAAUUUGAAAAUAAGAAAAUAACUUUUUGA